AUGAGUCAAACAUCCUUGAAACCAAAAAGGAAGAAUGAGGCCGGAAUGAGGUACUCAAAAGACAAUCUAGAUCCAGAAAAAAGAAAGGAGUCUGAUAAAGCUGGAAGUGAUAAAUCGGGAGCUCAUCUGAGUUCUCAGAUGAGGCGUGCAGUCAAUCCGAAUCACUGGCUGAGAUGUUGCAACAUGUGGGGUCACCCGUCGUGUAGACACUGCCAUUGUGCAGCUGAGGGAACUAGCCCCUGCCGCACAAUCCGUAUUUAUAUUCACAUGUGCCUGUUGUGGGAUCAGGGCCAGCAGAGCACCAUGACCAGGGGAUCUCAAGAAUUACCAACAGUGCCAAAGACAGAUUCUCGAGGGUAUGUUGUGCACAAUGAGUGGCCCCGAACAUCAUGGAGCCCAUCCACUGGGGCUCCAUCAGUAGAUGAGCCCAGAAGCAGGAUCACCAAUACUAAGCAACCCAUCAGCUCGGCCACCUCCCGGACUUCGUCCUCUUCUCCCAGCCAGCAUGAGUCCUCGCCUCCUGGGCAGCUGUCCGCGCAGCCCUCGCAGUCCCAGCCCCCUCGGCCCGUCACACCUCUGGAUUCGCGGCCUCCCACGCCCCCAGAGACGGAUCCCACCAGGCGGCCCACCGGGAAGCCGGCUUACGAAAACCCAGAGGCCUGGGCUCACGGCAUAGUGCCGGACGUGCGGGACUCCCGUGACCCGCAGACGCGGGACUACGCACACAGUUGCGACUCCCGAGACUCGCAUCAGCAGCAACGCGAGUACCCGCACACGCCUCCCACCGAGUCGUCCUAUGCCCAGCGCCGCAUGCUCUACCCCACCUCCGUCGACCUGGACCGCUCAUGCCUGUCGGAACUGCAGCAGCGGCAGCAGCGGGAGGAAGAUGACGAGGAUGAGGCCUACUGGGCAGCCGUAAGGAAGCAGUAUGAGAAGACCCCCAGCAGCUCACGACCACGGCCGCCCAAACCCAAACAUGCCAUCACCAUCGCUGUCUCAUCCCGAGCACUCUUCAACAUGGUGGACGACAGGAGAAUCUACGAGGAAGAGGGACUGGAAAAGUACAUGGACUAUCAGCUCACCAAUGAGAAUGUCAUCCUGACCCCAGGGCCGGCCUUCCGCUUUGUCAAGGCGCUGCAGCAUGUCAACUCUAGACUCCGUGAUCUGUAUCCUAAUGAACAGGACUUAUUUGAUAUUGUACUGAUGACUAAUAACCAUGCCCAAGUGGGAGUGCGGCUUAUAAACAGCGUCAAUCACUAUGGUUUACUAAUUGACCGCUUCUGUUUGACUGGUGGAAAAAGCCCCAUUGGCUAUUUGAAGGCAUAUCUCACCAACCUGUACCUUUCUGCAGAUUCUGAAAAAGUACAAGAAGCAAUACAAGAAGGAAUUGCCUCUGCAACGAUGUUUGAUGGAGCCAAAGACAUGGCUUAUUGUGACACACAGCUCCGUGUGGCCUUUGAUGGCGACGCUGUACUCUUCUCUGACGAGGCUGAGCACAUUACCAAGGAGCAUGGGCUAGACAAAUUCUUUCAGCAUGAAACAUUGUUUGAGAAUAAGCCUCUUGCUCAGGGUCCCUUGAAAGGCUUUCUGGAAGACUUAGGCAGACUGCAAAAGAAGUUUUAUGCCAAAGAUGAACGGUUACUUUGUCCCAUUAGGACCUACCUGAUUACAGCCAGAAGUGCAGCCAGUUCAGGCGCCCGUGUGUUGAAGACCCUUCGCCGCUGGGGUCUAGAGAUAGAUGAAGCUCUUUUCCUUGCUGGAGCUCCCAAAGGUCCCAUCUUGGUGAAGAUCUGGCCCCACAUCUUCUUUGAUGACCAGAUGUUCCACAUUGACUCAGCACACAAAUUUGGCACCAUCACAGCAGCUCAUGUACCUUAUGGCAUUGGUCAAAAAUACAACACUCAGUGA